UCAAGAUCGAACAUCGCGUCGUUAUCGGUGCAGCCAUGAGUAACUGCCGUUGCGAUAAUUGUGGAGUCGGUAUCAAUAACGAGGCUUAAAUUUAAAAUUACAGUAACGCUAGCACAACCACUGAAGACCAUCGCUUGCGCGGAACUACAGCAUCGACGUUCCAGCCGAAUGGCGCCGCGGCGCAAGCGGCUCUUGUCGUCGCCGGACAGCGGCGGCAGCAGCGACGAAUCGUUGACCGAAUCGGACGUUACGUGCCCGGUUUGCCUGAGCAUGGUGGUGGAACCCGUGACAAUGCCAUGCUCGCACGAAGUGUGUAAUUCAUGCUUCGCGAGUACCGUGCUCAUGGCCAACAAGGAGUGUCCCAUGUGUCGGAUGCGCAUCGCUUCGUGGGCGCGGAAAGCGGCCCGCGAGGGCACCCUGGUCAAUCGAACACGGUGGGAGCUCAUCAAGAGUCGUUUUCCGCAGCAGGUCGCGAGGAGACUCAGCGGAGAUGACAGUCGAGCAGGAACCCCACUGCGGAUAGUGCCGCGAUCGCUGUGUGAGCCAGGUGAGAUCCGACGCGAGUACGAGCAACAGCGGCAGCAGGCCGAGGCAGAAUGGCGCCAGGAGCGGGAGCUCGAGGCUCAAGCAGGCGAAGCCCUCGCUCAGCAAUUGGCGUCUGAGGAGGAACGGGCACUAGAGGAGCAGCGGCGCCAGUUGCGACGGGAUCAGCGCCUUGCCUGCCUCUGGGGUGUGUUUGGGGACACGCCAUCUGUGCUUGCUGCUGUCCCACUCGUCCGGACCCUGCUUACCCCGGAGGAGGACGAUGACAAUGACAGUGCAUCCUCAUUUAUGCCUCCAGAGGACAGGCCACAAGAUGCCACAAGGGACAGUGGGCCAACGACACCCUUACUAGGAAACCACAACAGGCUGUGCUCACGCAGUGUGCAGACGACACUGCUGGAGAUGCGGCAGCAGGAGACGCAGACCAGUGAGCACGGUGGCAACAACACAGCCUCCUAUUUGGAAGACUUGCAACUGGCACGUCGCAUCCAGCGGCAACUGAACCGGGAGAGCAGACAGACACCCGGCCGCGUUUACAAUCUGCGCUCUCGUGUUGCAAAUUGAAAGAGCAGCAGAGCGACUGUACAUUUAUCGCAUGCGUGGCACUUGUUUGGUUGCGUUUGCUUGUAAUGUGGGCUGUGGUGCUUUGCUGCUAGUGUGCAUAAAUGCAAGCUAAUUUUGUUUAGAGGUCAUUCAGUGAGCCUAAAAAGUAGCCAGUCUUUGUCAAUAUUCAAGAUAUUCCCCGAAGUGGCUGGUAUUUUGGGCCACAGAUGCUCGCCAUUGAAGCAGUUACCCACUCCAUUUGCUUUUGAGUGAUCCGUUGUCAGUAAGUGAGCUUUCCUGCCUUGGAUCUAGCCUGCUUGCCUGAAACUGGUUCCUUUGAAAGGUGGACGUGGAUUAAGAGUGUGUGUUUGGUUUUUUUUGCAGUCCAAGCUCGUGCCUUUGCAGGUAACACCUGUGGUUAUUAGCCCACAGCACAUAUGGUGCUGUUGACUUUACGUGCUUGCAUACUGCUAUGAACUGUAUGCUCAAGUUGCAUUCAUGCAUUAUAGGACUGGUGUUUACUGUUGUUCUGUUUAAUAUUAAUUCUCCUUAAUGCACUUUGUUGCCCUUCAUCUUAAAGUUCUAGCUUUCUAUUGCGUCAGGAGAUAUUGAUUUUGAUAUCAACAAGAUUGGUCAAAGGCUGUGUGGCCUCUGGCAGUAGGAUGUAUUGUUAUUUAAAAGUGUCAAAGAGGAUUGCUUAAUGGAUUCUUUUGUGUCCUUGCCCACUAAAAGUAAAUUUAAUGUUGGGUUGAUAAAUCUAAUGCGGAGUACUGGGAUGCAUGGACAACGGACGCUCAUUCUGAACAACUUAAUGGCAUACAUCUACUAGCUAAAGUAAUCAACUGAUUUUGCAUAAAUGUUCGCACUUUGGUAAUAUAUACAUUUUCUGCCUUGAGUUUUAAUGAAGAGCCAUGUGAACAUUUUAAAGUUCUUUAACAUAGGUGGAUGACAUUUUUAAAGCUUGUUCUAUAUACAGUACCUGUUAUUGAGUUGACUGAUUUCCAUACCACAUUUGUAAUUUACGCUGAAACAGGAAGUGGUUUUGCUUUGAGCACAAUGCUUAAUAUUAAUAUGACCAUUGGUAUGUUUCUUCAUGUAGACAGUACAUGUUUGUUUUGCUGCUAGUUUGUCAACAUUUAUUUUUUGACAAAUCAGUUCUGCAGAAGCCCACAAGGCAGGGGGACGUUCACAAAAGGGGUAAUUGUCAUCCGGCCGAUCGUAGCACAAAGCUACGAGGGAAACCUUUAUGAAUUUCUCAGAAUGAAAAAGAGAAAUUCAUCCUGGUUUUGGGAUCGAAUCUGGGACUAACACUUGUCCGGGGCAGUCCCUCCACCAUCUGAGCUAACCAGGAGGCUUGUUUCUGGCAAAUUAAUGUGGGUUUCCUUUGUAGCUGUGUGUUACAGUCACGUUGAUGACAGUUAUUCCUUUCAUGAACCUUUAUUUCUUGUCUGUUCGCUUGUACACUCAAGUCCACAUAUAAUGAUCCCACUUAGAUUUUUUGGCUAUUGCAAAAGAACCCCAGGCGGUCAAAAUUAAUCCAGAGUUCCCCACUACAGUGUGCCUCAUAAUGAGAUUGUGGUUUUGGCAUGAAAAAAAAAACAGAAUCUAAGUUCUUUAAUGCAAUUAGCAUUCUGGGGAUACUUCACGCACUUUGGUUGGUUCAUGUUCUAAACAAAGAUACGAACCAGUGAAAACCCAAGACACAGGACCAGAAGGAGUUGCAAUCCUAUUUCUCUUGUGGAGACAUGUCACAUCUUAAGGAGAGACUUAUCUAUGUCUCUAACAGUUUGCCCACCAACUGGAGUCACUGGGUAGUUCAUGGUCUAAUGGUCAGACCAUCCGGCUGCUGUGCUGAGGGAAAUGGGUUCGAAGCCCACUGUCGAACCUACCAGAGUCACUCGGUAUGCGCCACUAGGUGUGUGCCGCGCUUUAAUGACAAAAAAAAAAGUUCCUCUAAAGUUUAUUCGGUGCUUGGCAGAAUCGAACCUGCAUCACAGUUAUCCAGACAAUCUUGUUUGAAUAUAUAUUUGCACAUGGGCCACGUGCGCUCUUCACGGCAGCACCGCCAGAUGGCACAGUGUGUCCCAGUGGGAAGUGCGAGAGAGGAGCGUGGCUGCAGUACGCACAUCACACGUGACUCAUUUCGGUGGUGGCAAUACAGUGUCUCGCUACAUUGCUUCAAUAUGCUAAUUGCAUUAAUGUCAACAUUCAUCGGGAGGUGGGUUCUGCAGGAAUUUUUUUCGGAUACCUUUUACACAGGUGCUUAAGUGCCUUCUGCAAGGGUUGCCAAUCUUGGGGCAUUGAAUGGUUAACCUCUCCUCUAAAAAUGUGUUCUAGCCAAUUUUUUGUAUUAUUUAUUUUUAUUAUUUUUUUUUUGCUUGCUGUAAUUAGUGGUCUUCUAGGACUGCAAAACACAAGGGAGGGCUACUAGGAUUGCAUUGUUUCACUGAGGCUAACUAAACGCAUUUCCAAAGAGGCAACCUUACCUGCUGCUUCGCCUAUGUGGUGAGUAGUCUGAGGCGUUGUAUAUUCUCUUUUUCUUUGUACAUAUCUCUGUGCGUGCGAGUUGCGCCUGUAAGAAUGACUCUACUUCAGAAUGAAAGACCACAAUUCUUAUACAGUUAAACCUCAACAUAUGAAGUCGGUAAGAUCAGCUAUUUGCUUUGUUUUAUCAAAUUUCAUUAUGUUGAAAUUUGCCUUUUUGCAAAUAACUGCAGUCGCCGAUGAAUUUUUCUUACACGGAAGGGGCCGCAAGAUUUUCCGAAUUAUCAGGCAAUUGGAAAAGGCAAAUUUCAAUGAGGAAAAAAAAAUCAUGUUGAAUCUGAGAGUAGGCGACGGAAGGUAUGGUUUCAUGCCGUGUCAACGAUAUCUUCACAUCAGUGAUACAUUGUUCGGUCGUCAGAGGUCUCUACUCAACAACCUAGUUCCUAAAGUCAUGUUUUUCACCAUGUUUUGUUUUUAAUUAUUUCUUGUCUGAACAGCUCGGCUAACGUUAGACGGGAAACCCUAUAUAUGGUAUUCUAUGGACAAGAAGUUCUAAAAAAGUUAAAUGCUUUGUUAUAUUGAAAUUUUUUUCAUAUUGAAGUUCAUUAUAUCGAGGUUUAACUGUACUGAGGCAUGGCAUUUCUGUGCUAAGGCAUGGGGUAACCUUGCCUGAGCACAACUUCAUUUCAGUUGUGUUCUUAAAUGGUGGUUUGGGUAGGAGGGAGGGGAGGUCUGGCACUCGCUACUAAAGCCAAGUGCUGCUUGCAUUAACCACGCCCAGCAGUAUCGCGCAUAGUUUUAUUUACGGGUCAUUACAUGCUUUUUUAACUUAUUAGGGAACGUUGUACAAUAUUUCUAUUGGAAAUGCACGAAGCGACGUGUGGUCUUUGCGCUGGACUUGCGUGGCGCUGUUUUUUAUAGAUAGGUACUCUGGUCACAUUUUAUACCUGUAGCAUCUGGAAAUAUUAUUUUGUGAGUACCGCUGAACUUGCUUGCACCAAGUCUGUUGUGACAUGGUACAUGAACUUUUUGUGGUAUCUUUGCGUUCUCAACUUGUAUUUAGAACGAUUGUUCCAAGCUACAGUAAUGUAUGUUGCGUCAUGCUGCAACACACACAAUAAUAGCUAGGCAACUAGCUGGCAACAAGUGUUGCGUAAUUCAGACUUUUCUUCAACAACACAUUUCUGCACAUUAUUUUGAAUUUCUGUUUGCGCAUUGUGCUGCUAAGCACGAAGUCGCAGGAUCAAAUCCUGUGUGCAUUUCUAUGGGCGUGAAAUGCAAAAAUGCUUGUCCUGUGCAUUGUGUGCACAUUAAAGAAACCCGGGGGGGCCAAAAAUAUACCCCCACUAUGGCUUGCCAAAUAAGCAUAUUGUCAUUUUGGCAUGUAAAACCCCAGAAUAUAAUUUUUUAUUUAAUUUUAACUUGUCCUUGCUUUUAGCGUGCUUCUGACAACAUUGUCAUGGUUUAGCAUCGUUUAUGAUCAUUUGAUGAUGAUUAUGAUGUAUUUUUGAAUGUAUGAGCAUGAUCUGUCUUGAUAUGUAGCGGUUAAUGUAUACAACUUCUUUUUUUAACUUGUCAUUUUUGCAUUUAGUUCAGAAUCGCUAGUGUUUUGGACAUUUUGUAGACUUGUGUUGUAGCCAGAGGUUGCAUAUAAGCUGUGCAUUUAUAUUGACGGUGUUACAGUGUUACAUUUGUUGGUUUUUCUGUGUUUCAUGAUUUAACGAACAAAUACCAUUUGCAUUUAUGUUGAUACUGUGCUGCAACACCCUGUGAAUCUGUGAUCUUUUUUUUGCAUUCUAGCUGAACAUUGCUCGACAUGUGUGCCCAAAACAGUCUUUAACUGCACAUCGCAGAAAUGUGUGUUUGAACCAGCAGCUAAGGAAUGUGCGUGAGUUAUUUCAGUGGCACAUUGUUUUCUAGCAAGGUGUUUGUUCCAUGGUAAGGCAGGGACAAACAUCAGAUGAGGAAUUAGCUUCCACACUGCCUUACGAAAAAGAUGGUAUUUUUGUGGAGAGUGAAUCAAAGGUAAAAAUGUAGAGGCUAAUAGUCUAGACAAGUUAACAAAAUGUGCUCUGUGGUCAGACAAAGGAUUGCUGUUCUUGAAGCAGUACUGUUAACAUGUUCAUAUUUGUAAGGCUGCCACAAACUUUGCUGUGCUCUGACACCUGCCAAAGUGGUGACGGGAAUGGCCACCCGUGUGUGAUGACACUCUUCAAUGCGAGCUGAAGUUAUAUAAGCCUUUUACGCAAUUGGAUUGCGUGUCACCACUUCUGAAUUGACUUGGGAAAAGUUGUCUUCUAUAGAAUGGCAAGCAGGUACAUCGCAUAACUGAGAAAUUGCAUUGUAUGCUGGCAGCUCGCGCUUCAUUACGAUACGAAGCUAUGCCUUUCAUUCUAAUAAAUACGAGCAGGCACACUGUGUUGCUGAGAAGCUUGCAUUUCAUGCUAGAAUUCCAAGUAUGAUGCUGGAAAAGUGUUGACUGAGAAAGGUGGUCAAUAAACUCCCUUACGUCACUCAAGUGCUGGUUUGUGUGCUUUUAUUGGGAUCAUUUUUCUUGGUGUUGUGCUGUGGACCAUAGAAAUUCUAAUAUUUACAGUGUCACAAUAAAGGUGGUGUACCCACGUU